AUGUCGACACCUCGAGCAGCCAGGCAACUUGCCAAUGGACUGUUCCGCCGAACCAACCCUCGAACACGCUUCCUCCCCAUCCACCGCAGCUUGCACAGCACACCCACACUGCCCUCGCAAGCAGCCGCUGGCCAACCCAUAGUCGAAGCAGAAAGACCUUCGGAGAUUCCAGUCGUGAACCCACCGCUCAGCUUCCCCUGCUUGGAUGCUUUGGACAAAAAAACGCAGACUUUGACAAACAAGCGAUCGUUAUCUGGACCCGAGCCGUCGUACGCACCCGGUGCUACCGAGACUUUCCACUGCCCUUCGCCGCUCUUACUGGACUGGGGCGGUGUAUUGCCUUCCUUCGACAUCGCUUACGAGUCCUGGGGCACCCUCAAUGCCGACAAGAGCAAUGCUAUCUUGCUGCAUACUGGAUUGAGUGCUAGUAGCCAUGCAAAGAGCACUCCUGCCAACUCCAAGCCGGGUUGGUGGGAGAAGUUCAUUGGGCCCGGUGCUCCUAUUGAUACGGACAAGUACUUUGUCAUCUGCACUAAUGUGCUGGGAGGUUGUUACGGCAGUACUGGACCUAGUUCUAAGGAUCCGUUGGCUGGCGAUCAGCCGUACGCCACUCGUUUUCCUAUCUUGACUAUGCAGGAUAUGGUGAGAGCGCAGUUUCGUCUGCUCGACUGGAUGGGCAUUGAGAAGUUGUACGCUUCUGUUGGCUCCAGUAUGGGCGGCAUGCAGAGUUUGGCUGCGUCUGUCCUGCACCCUGAGCGAGUGGGCAAACUCGUUAGUAUUUCUGGCUGUGCUAGGAGUCACCCCUACAGCGUAGCCAUGCGCCAUACCCAACGUCAAGUCCUCAUGAACGACCCAGCCUGGUCCUCCACACGCGGAAACUACUACUCCGCCAUCCCACCCCAUGCCGGCAUGAAACUCGCCCGCGAAAUCGCAACCGUAACCUACCGCAGCGGUCCAGAAUGGGAAUUGCGAUUCGGCCGCCGCCGCGCCGACCCUUCCAAACCUCCUGCUUUGUGUCCAGACUUUUUGAUCGAAACAUAUCUCGAUCACGCGGGAGAAAAAUGGUGUUUGGAGUAUGAUGCCAACAGUUUGUUAUAUGUGUCCAAAGCUAUGGAUUUGUUUGACUUGGGCAAGGAACACAUGGAUAUGCUGGAGGGCGUAAGGGCAUCAAAUGCGCACAAGUUGGUGCAGUUUGGUGCUGAUAAACCUACGCCGAAACCAGAGGUUGGGGCUGCAGACCUCUGUAACUUGACGUUGCCGGAUACACCUUACGAAGAGCAAGAGUCGACUGCAGAAAUCAUGGAUCAGGAUACUGGCAGCAUCAAAGCUGCUGUCAAGACCGAUGAGCCACCGGCUGAUUUGGUCAAGGGAUUGCAAGGCUUGAGGGAUAUUCCUGCGUUGGUGUUGGGUGUGGCGAGUGAUAUUCUGUUUCCUGCUUGGCAGCAGAGGGAGAUUGCUGCUGCGUUGAGAAAGGUAGGAAACAGGAAGGUCACGCAUGUUGAGCUUGGAGAAGACAGAAGUCUGUUCGGUCAUGACACCUUCUUGCUUGAUCUCGAGGGUGUUGGAGGUGAGAUCAAGAGGUUCUUGGAUUAG